AAAACCCAAAUCUACUUGCUCCAGUCCAGGCUCUGAGAAGAAGGAUGCUAAGGUUUCAGUGCUCUCUUCACCUUCUUCAGCCUUCUUCUUCGGCGAAUUACAACAAUCACUCAAAUAUUUGCUUCCACAAUUUCGAGCGCACGAUUCAAGUACCUAAGAUCCAAAGAGUACGUGCGGAUUGGUACAGGAGGAGUGUAAAAGCGCGAGUAAAUGGUCUGGGUAUAGAAAUGGAUGAAGAAGAAGAAGAAGAAGAUGGGUUGACGUCGAGGAAGAGAGAAAGUUACAGAGGGAGGAAGAAGGAGGAGGAUAUCAAUUACGAUAAAGAUCCUGAGUUUGCUGACAUUCUGGGAGAUUGUUUAGAUAACCCUGAGAAAGCUCAGAAGAAGAUGGAAGAGAGAUUGAGGAAGAAGAGGAACAAAAUUCUCCAUACCAAGACUGGCUCUGCUACUUCCAUGCAGGUCACUUUCAACAAGUUCGAGUAUUCAAAUUCAUACAUGUGGUUGGAGUUUCACAACGCUCCUCUGGAUAAAGACAUUGCCUUGAUCACUGAUACUAUCCGUUCGUGGCAUAUCCUUGGACGACUUGGUGGAUACAAUUCCAUGAAUAUGCAAUUAUCGCAAGCGCCUGUGGAUAAAAGGCCAAACUAUGAUGCUAUCCUUGGUGCUAAUAUCGAGCCAACCACAUUCUAUAACAUCGGAGAUCUUGAGGUUCAAGAUAAUGUUGCUCGCAUAUGGCUAGAUAUUGGGACCUCGGAGCCGUUGAUUCUUGAUGUUCUGAUAAACGCAUUGACACAAAUCAGCUCAGACUAUGUUGGGAUCAAGAAAGUUGUGUUUGGUGGAUCUGAGUUUGAGAACUGGAAGGAGAAUUUGACGUCCGAGGAGUCUGGUUUCAGAGUCCACAAGAUUUAGCAUGCUCUUGCCUUUGUUUUUAUUAGAAUAAUACAAACCUAUAUAAAUGACAUGGUCUAGCUAUAUUAAAAUCUAUGCUUAGGCCUUAGUGUAUCAUUUUAUGACAAAUUUCAAUAACGUUUAAUAUGAUCAGAUGGCAACUAUUUCUUGUC